AUGAGUGACCGAAACAAGCAAGGAGUUUCGCAUCGGCACACAAUCACUGCGAAAAAUAUCGCAUUAAUUCAGGAACAAUAUGAAAAAGAAACAAAAUUACGUGAAAAGUCGAAAACAGUAUUAAAUGGUAUAAUCAAACCUGAGCAACCAGAAAACGGUGAUUUUAUCAGUGAAACAGACUUGGAGUACGAGUUUUUAUAUUCUGUAAGUGAUGAUGAAAACGGCGACCACUACAGUUACCAGUUCGAUGCUUAUCCAGCGGUACCCAGAUCGCUGACCCCGGUGGCUCCUGUGGAUUAUGACGCGGACUAUGAAGCGUGUGACCAUAAAGCCGCGUUUCAUGGUGAUCGAACUGAUAACGGGAAUAGAAACAAAAACAAUCUGAAAACAGCACGUGUGAAAUCUGCAACUGUAGUUGGUUCAAGAAAACAGAAAGGUUGCUUAUCUGUGAGGCCUACGUCAGCUUCUCAAACUGAUGAAAAGAAAACAGGGACGACCACAAACGGACUUAUGAGGUGUCAGUCAAAUGACGAAAUAACAAAAGAAGUAGCUUUUCGAGACGUCGAUAGUGUAGUUAGUAAGUCGUCUUCUUGCCGUUCCAAAGUCAGUGCUGAAAACAAAACUCGUAGCUUUGAAAGACGUAAAUCUAUUACUUAUGACCCUGACCUUGAAAAGGCGUCUGCUUACAUACACGGCGGCGGGAAGAAUUUUAGCCGAAGCAAUACCUCAUUAUCACCAGUCAAAUAUGGCAUGACACACUUGCAAAUGAAUUAUACAGAGACCAAUCUAGAAACGAAUCAAAGUGUAAUAUUUCUGGACCUUCUAAAGAACUCUCAUCAGAGAAGUCAAAUUCGCGGGGAGCAAAUUCAAAACAUAGAACGCAGACUGGAAGCGAAGAGACACAAUCCACAUUAUUCUACAUCAUUUUACGAAAACAAGAAUAUUCCAGACCCAUUUCAUAGGAACGCAAAGAAAACAGCGCGGAGCGUGGCACAGAAGCAAAUUGAACGCAAAGAGAAGAUAAAACAAAUGACUGAUGAAAUUCAUACAGGAUAUGUUCCAACACAGCUUACAAUGAAAAUUGCAGAUCGUGAUGAAGUUGAGGACAUAGGAAACAAGUGUCGGUAUCUCAGGUGUCAUACUCCCUCAAGUUGAUGAAGCAAUUGAAUAUAGAUACGAAAAACAUUAUGAUAGGAUUAUAUGUUAUGCAUGUGUACUGCAUCAUAUGAAAGUGUAAACUAAUUUAUUUUAAAACUGUCACAUUUGAUCGGGAAAAAACACGGUAUAUAAACAUGA